CAGGCAAACUCGCUUGUAGCUCGUUUACUACAUCACUACGAGUAAAAAGAGUCAUAAUUCGUGUACCAAAAACGUUUUGCUCGCGAGUUAUUGAUCCGGAAAAGUCGAAUCUGUGAAUAUCUUGCCAGUUUUACCGAACUCGCAUGAUCAGACGCUGAGCGAGAAAGAUAACGUGAAGUUUAGCUUUAUUUUAUUCAAAGCCAUUUGAGAUCGAUUGGAAGCAAGCCCACUCUGACUCGCAUUGACCACUCAAAGCUUGACAGGAAACAAAGACUAACACAUAGACAUCUUUUGCUUUUGAAACUGAAAGAUGGCCGAUAAGCUGCAGAAACUUGUUUCACAGAAGAAGGAUGUCGUGGAGACCGUCAUGGAAGUCUUUGAGCAGGGUGCAGAGGUGUUGGCUGGCAUCGCUGGUGAUCUGUUCCCCGUGUUCUCCAUCGCAGCUCCGAUCGUGAAGCUGGCGCUGGAUAACGUGGAAAGCAAAGAGGCCGAGUACAUGAAGGAGCAGUUCCAGAAAGUGCGUGAUCGCCUGGAAGUCGUUUCUGAAGAAGUCCAGCAGAUAAACCAGGAGAUCAAGAAGAGCGGCAUAGAUGCAACCUACUUCUCCGUGGAGGAGAACCUGACCAACCAAUUCCGCAAAUUCAUGGACGUCCUGAAUGCGAAACCUAAAUUCAGAGAGGUCAGAAAGAAAACGUUCCUGGAGCACUACAACAGGACAGGGGGUGAUAAAAACCUUCACACUCUUUAUAAUGCUGUAACCGGAGAUAACUUCUCAGGAGAGUCUGUGCUGGAAAUCACGCUGAAUUACGAGCAGAAGAGCCGCAGAGUAGUGGAGGAGUUUUGCGCUACACUCAAGAAACUGUUCUGCAUCGGUUUGAUCGCCUUACUGGGACACUCGGCACUGAAAGGCGAUGACGAUGAGGAGAAGCUGCUUCAAGAUUGGAGCGAGAGGAUGAAAGUGGUGCAGGAUAAAAUGAACGUCGUGAUUGAAGACUGCAUCAACAGUUUUCCGACACAGGCCGAGCUGGACGCCAAACGCAUUGUGAGAGACCAAAGCGACAAAAGCAACCAGCAACUGGCCGACUUGCUGGUGGAGCACCUGAAAAAGAAGUACGACUGGGUGCGCUGGUCAGUCCGUGUCUUUAACUCCCCCACCGGCCUGUUCACCAACAAGAAAGACUUCCACGGUUUGACGGGAAAGAGCCGCUUUCAGGUGUCAGAUGACAAGCUAAACGUUGUGGUCUCCUACAGCGCCUCGCCUGAACCCCUCGAUAAAGCCCGGAUACAGAGCCUGAUUUCAGAGCAGAAGAAGAUCACGAUGACGCCCUUGGCUGAACUGCUUUUUGAGACAAUCCCUGUUAGCGUGGUUCACACUAUCAAGACCUCAUGCAAAGAUCUGGGCUUCUCCAGCAGCUUCUCUGACGAGCUGCACUUCUUUGAGGAGUUCAAGAGCUUCUGUGUCUUUCUUCAUUCUGCUUAAACAAGGAGGAGAAAUAGAAAGAUUAACAGCUAAGCAGAUGUUGUAGGAUGAUAUUCGAUUAAACCACUAUAAUUAGACUACAUAGCCUCUCUAAGGGUUUGACUUGUUACCAAAAUCAAUUAUUGUACUCUACAAUCUUUCUUUUUCAUCUUUUUUUCUUAGUAUUUCCUUAAUGUCUGCUUGUUUUAAAGCUGUAAAUGAACACUUCAAUGUAACAGAUUUGUAUUUUUAAUAUACCUAGUGUUUGGUACUCCCUUAUUAGUGUAUUUGGUGGGUGAUGGUGGUGUUUUAGAGACUAGGCUGUUAAAAUAGGUAUACACAGAUAUAGCCUUGUGGGCAGCGUGCCAUCAUACAACGCCAUUGCACUUCGGGCGUCCCAUGUCUGAAUCCUGACCCAAGGACCUUUCCUGAACCUGCACCCCCCCCACUUCACUUCCUUCAUGUCUGACCUGUCUGUCACAAUAAAGGCAAAAAUGACAAAAGAAAAUCAUUACCAAAAAAGAGAGAGGAAAAAGGCAGUCUCAGGCGGCUUGCCAACGAGACCGUCCACGUUCACUGAUUGUAUGCAAAAAGUUUGCACAGUUGUGUUCAAAAUUUGUGAGGAUGAGCUAAUUAUUAUAUUUGACAAAGUUUUCCUGGUUUUUAACAUCAUAUCACAUUUUUGACAGAAAGUACUUUCUAAGUUAUUUAGAAAUUCUCAAGCAAAACUGAAUAUAUAUAUAUAUUCUUACCUUAGUUCUUACCUUAAUAUAUGCAUGAAGUAAGGAAUAAGAAUAAACAAAUAAAAUUAAUUAAAGAACAAAGCAUAGAAAAAAAGAUUGAGUUUACUUCGUUUGUCUGAACUUUUAAUACAUUUUGUAUUUGUAUGGACUUCUGAUAAUUGCAAAUUAUGCACAGAUUUUUUGACUGUCAACUGUUUUUUAACUUUUUAAGCAAGGGCUUCUGCACCAUUUUUUUCUGCCAUUUUUGUCCACUAUUAUCUAUUAUUGUCCUUUAUUUCUAUUUCAAAUUUUACUCGCACCUAAGCUGCAUGUCAAAACAACACUUACAAUACAGACUGGUCCCUUUC